GCCGACAUUAUCUUCAUCCAGACUUCGCUGGAAAGGAAGCAGAAAUGACAGAUGCAACCAUGAGAGAGAGAUCGAGAGACACUUUAUUUACAUUCGAAGAGGCUGUGUAAGUUUAGAGGGAAGGCGCUGUGUGUCUCCCUCUUUACUUUCACCGACCCCCUCCUCCUCCGCUGGCAGAAAUUUAUAAAGAACAAAAAAUCCGACGAGGGAGGGGAGGAGGGGGGUUGAUAUACGCUGAGGCUGAAAUCGAGAGGCGAACCCAGGGAAAGAGGAGUAAUUUGUACACGGGACUUUCCCCCUCUUAGUCCCCCUAAAGGAGGGGGAAAAGUCGCAAUAUUGGAAACGAAAAGGAAUGAGCUUGUAAAGACGUGAAAACGUCUGCAAUUGUGGAUACUUUAUAUAUUUUUAUUUCGAAAAAAUAUGGCCGAGAACGUUCUGGACUCUGGCCCGCCUUCAGCCAAGAGGCCUAAACUCUCCUCUCCGGCACUUUCCGCCUCCGCCAGCGAUGGAAAUGACUUUGGAUCAUUGUUUGAUUUAGAGCAUGAUCUCCCUGACGAACUCAUCAGCUCUAAUGAACCAAGUCUUGUCAAUGGUGGGGACAUCAACCAGUUACAUACCACUCUGGGAGGAGGCCCGACAAGUCUGGGUCCUGGGGGAGGCAGUGGCGGGGCAGGAGGAAUGGGUCUUGGGCUUGGACCAGGAGGACUUCCUGGGGGUGUUGGUGGAGGCCAGGAUGCAGUAGCCAAGCACAAACAGCUAUCUGAGCUAUUGCGUUCAGGGGCACCCUCUUCAACCCAGCAGGGGCAUCAAGGAGCUAUGGGGAGUCCAGGAGGCCCAACCACCAUGAGCCAACACUUAGCGAACAUGAAAGGGUCUCCUGGUCAGGGGCCUCAGCAAAUGAUGGGCCAGGGACAGCAGCACCUCUCCCCACAGCAGCAGGCCAGUAUGAUGCAGCAGCAACAGAAUGCUGCUGCUGGAAUGAUGGGUGGCAUGAACAGGGCCAUGAUGGGAGCUCAGCAGAAAGCCAAUAAUGGACAACAGCAGCCAGGCAUGAUGGGAGGCCAAGUGAUGAAUGGCUCCCCCAGGAUGGGCUUUGGGAAUCAAGGGAUGGGUGGCAACAGCAACCUGUUGGCUGAGACUCUGCAGCAGCAGGGACCUGGAGGUCAAACUGGGAUGAGAGGCCAGCAGCCUGGAGCACUGAACAAGAUGGGGAUGGUGGGCAGCCCAGGUGGCCCUUUUGGUGGUCCAUAUGCAGGACAGGGGAAUCAAGGCAUAGGAGGUGCAGGGCUGGGCCCGCAGAUUCAGAACAAAGGUUCCAUGGCAAAUAGCCUGGCCCAGUUCAGUGUGGACAAGAAGAACCCAAACAUGCAAGGAAUGGCUCCAAUGCAGGGUUCACAGCAGGGGCAGGCAGGUAUUGGUGGUCCCCCAGGUGCACCUGUGGGAGGAGCCUCAGGGAUGGUGCACAGUGCACAAGGUGGUCUUGUGGGUCCUGGUACCCAGGUUUCUGUAGCAUCUGCUGCAGCUGGAGCACCACCCACAGCAGACCCUGAGAAACGCAAACUAAUUCAGCAACAACUGGUACUGCUACUUCAUGCACACAAGUGCCAGCGGCGGGAACAGGCCAAUGGUGAAGUCCGGCAGUGCAACCUGCCUCACUGUCGUACUAUGAAGAACGUCCUAAACCACAUGACUCACUGCCAAGCUGGCAAGACCUGUCAGGUUGCACACUGUGCAUCAUCGAGGCAGAUAAUCUCCCAUUGGAAGAACUGCACACGACACGACUGUCCUGUCUGCCUGCCACUGAAGAAUGCUGGGGACAAGAGGAACCCGCAGUGUGAGUCCCUGCUAGGUGUGGCUGGUGCUGGUCUGGGAAGCUCUCUUGGAGCAGUUCCUGGUGGCCAACCUAGUGCCCCGAACCUAAACCCUCCGAGCCAGAUUGACCCCAGUUCCAUAGAAAGAGCCUAUGCAGCCCUGGGCCUCACCUACCAGGGCAACCAGAUCCAGGCUCAAACUGCUCAGCCCAACAUUCCUAACCAAGGUUUGCAGGGCCAGACUGGCAUGAGGCCCCUUAACCCAAUGGGUGCAAAUCCUAUGGGAGUCAACGGGGGUGUAGGAGCCCCUUCCCAGAACCAACAGGCUAAUCUGCUGCAAGACACUAUGAUGCACCUCAAUGUGAAUAACCAAGGUCUUAUGAAUGAUGCAGGUGGGGUCAGCUCCAUGCCCACAGCAGCCCCUCCCUCUGCCACAGGCAUGAGAAAAUCUUGGCACGAGGACAUCACACAGGACCUUAGAAACCACUUGGUACACAAACUUGUCCAGGCCAUCUUUCCAACUCCAGAUCCUGCUGCAUUAAAAGACCGUCGAAUGGAGAAUCUAGUGGCCUAUGCUAGAAAAGUGGAGGGAGACAUGUAUGAGUCCGCCAACAGUAGAGCUGAGUACUAUCACCUAUUAGCAGAGAAAAUUUAUAAGAUCCAGAAAGAGUUGGAGGAGAAGAGGAGGACCCGGCUCCAGAAGCAGGGUCUGGGCCUUGGGCCGGCCAGUAUAGGUCAGUCCCCUGCUGGACUACCCUCAAACGGUCCCCUCCCUGAUCCAUCAAUGGUGCGACCAACUGGACCAAAUCAGAUGGUCAACAGGAUGCAAGGACCAGGUAUGAAUCAGUUCAAUCAGAUGGGGAUACAGUCGAUGGGCCAGAGGUCCACACCUCCUCUUCCUCUGGGGGCUUCUGGCAACCAGAUAGGAGUGGUUGGGCCCAGAAUAGGGCAGACCAAUGUCAAUCAGCUGCAGAACCAGUAUCUGUCCCAGGGACAGUUUCCUGCCACAGGACCAGGUGUUGGCACAGCUCAGCCUGGAAUGACCCAGCCUGGUGUACCAGGGGGCAUGGCACAGACACAGAUGGGCACUCCUCCACUCCUUCCAGUUGCCAGCCCUUUAGCACAGCCAGGCUCAGUCAGUGGCCCUACUGGAUCCUCCACAGUGGGGUCCUUGGGUCCCCAGAGUGUAGGUGGCGGAUGUCCAAACUCAGCUGCUGGACCCCCAGCUUCCACAAUGACUCAAUCUAACACAAACCAGCAACCAAACUCUAUCCCUCACUUGGGAGCCAUGCGUGGCAGCUCCCCCUCCCCUGCUCAUAGUCGAUCCCCUACACCUCACCAGACGCCCCCUAGACUUGCUGGGGCCCAGACUCCGCAACCACACACCCCUAAUGCACCACAACUGGCUCCACCUCCAGCACCCCAGCAGAACCAGCUCAGCCAGGGAGGGCCAGGUUCAAACAAGCCCCUCCAGCAGCAACACAUGGGACCCACAGGCUCCACCACUCCAUCACAUCCUGGGCUGGCCAGCAACUCUACAUCACAUGGCCCUCAGCUUCCACGCACUCCGUUGUCACAAAAGGGUUCGUUCCCAGCUGAUGGUCAGGCUCUUACACCAGCCUCCAUCAGCAGCCUGGACACCUCCUCCCAGCAGCCACAGUCAAACACCUCCACCACCAACAUCGAGUCAAAGAUGGAGGUCAAGCAGCAGGACGAGGAGGAGGAGAGCGAUGCCGGCAGCUGUUCAAAGGGGGGGAAGCUCAGCAACCUCAAAACAGAAGAAAAGCCAGUGAAAACUGAGUUGAAAAAGGAGGAUUGUUCAGGAGAAGGAGGUAAAGGGCUUCCUAUGGAUACAUCGACGACAACGGCAACAUCAGGUGUAAAGGUGGAAGACAGGAAGCCAGAUGUUAAGAAGGAGGUGAAGGAUGAAGAGGAGUCAUCAGAGGCAGUAGUACCACAGGCUCCAGUCAAGAAAAAGAUCUUCAAGCCAGAGGAGCUUCGUCAGGCCCUGAUGCCCACACUGGAAUCUCUGUACCGACAGGACCCAGAGUCUCUGCCCUUCAGAAUGCCUGUUGACCCACAACUGCUGUGCAUACCUGACUACUUUGACAUUGUCAAGAACCCAAUGGAUUUAUCUACUAUCAAACGAAAGCUUGACACAGGUCAGUACCAGGAUCCUUGGCAGUAUGUGGAUGACAUCUGGCUGAUGUUCAACAACGCCUGGCUUUACAACCGAAAAACAUCCAGAGUUUACAAAUACUGCUCCAAGCUGGCUGAGGUUUUUGAACAGGAGAUCGACCCUGUGAUGCAGAGCCUUGGCUACUGUUGUGGGAGGAAGUUGGAGUUCUCUCCACAGACCCUCUGCUGCUAUGGAAAGCAGCUGUGCACUAUUCCCCGAGAUGCUGCUUACUUCAGCUACCAGAACAGGUACCACUUCUGCGAGAAGUGUUUCAACGAAAUCCAAGGGGAGACGGUUUCCCUGGGCGACGACCCCACCCAGCCACAGACAUCCAUUAACAAGGACCAGUUUGAAAAGAAAAAGAACGACACACUGGAUCCUGAACUGCUUGUUGAAUGUAUGGACUGCGGGCGGAGGAUGCACCAGAUUUGUGUUUUGCACAAUGAAACAAUCUGGCCAUCAGGUUUUUUAUGUGAUGGCUGCUUAAAGAAAACCAAUAAGACAAGGAAAGAAAACAAGUAUUCUGCCAAAAGGUUGCCCCAGACGAAGUUGGGUAGUUUCCUGGAGACGAGGGUGAACGACUAUCUGAAACGUCAGAAUCAUCCAGAGUCUGGCGAGGUCUUCAUCCGUGUCGUCCAUGUUUCUGACAAAGUGGUAGAAGUUAAACCAGGCAUGAAAUCCAGAUUUGUGGACAGUGGAGAGAUGUCUGAGUCAUUCCCAUACAGGACAAAAGCCCUUUUUGCAUUCGAGGACAUCGAUGGAGCAGAUGUGUGCUUCUUUGGGAUGCAUGUUCAGGAGUAUGGCUCUGACUGCCCGCAGCCCAACCAGAGGCGAGUAUACAUCUCUUACCUGGACAGUGUGCACUUCUUCCGCCCUCGCUGUUUGAGAACAGCAGUUUACCAUGAAAUCCUCAUUGGAUAUUUGGAAUAUGUAAAGAAACUGGGCUAUACCACUGGCCAUAUUUGGGCGUGCCCACCCAGUGAAGGGGAUGACUACAUCUUCCACUGUCACCCUGCAGAUCAGAAGAUUCCAAAGCCGAAGCGCCUUCAGGAGUGGUACAAAAAGAUGUUAGACAAAGCUGUGGCAGAGCGGAUAGUCCAUGACUACAAGGAUAUCUUCAAGCAAGCAACAGAGGAUCGUUUGACUAGUGCCAAGGAGUUGCCUUACUUUGAGGGUGACUUUUGGCCCAAUGUGCUUGAGGAAAGCAUCAAAGAACUGGAGCAGGAGGAGGAGGAGAGGAAAAGGGAGGAAAACAGCACUUCUAAUGAGAGUAUUGAUGACACAAAAGGUGACAGUAAAAAUGCAAAGAAGAAGAACAAUAAAAAGACGAGUAAGAACAAGAGCAGCCUGAGCCGAGCCAAUAAGAAGAAGCCAGGGAUGCCCAAUGUCUCAAAUGACCUUUCACAGAAACUCUAUGCCACUAUGGAAAAACACAAAGAGGUGUUCUUUGUGAUCCGGCUUAUCGCAGGCCCCAUGGCAAAUGCUUUGCCUCCUAUUGUUGACCCAGAUCCCUUGAUGGCAUGUGACCUGAUGGAUGGCCGUGAUGCUUUUCUUACAUUGGCCCGAGAUAAACACCUUGAGUUCAGUGCCCUUAGAAGGUCCAAAUGGAGUUCCAUGUGUAUGUUAGUGGAGUUGCAUAACCAAAGCCAGGACCGCUUCGUCUAUACCUGCAAUGAGUGCAAGCAUCAUGUGGAGACCCGUUUCCACUGCACUGUCUGUGAGGACUAUGACCUGUGCAUCACAUGCUACAACAGUAAGGGUCAUGAGCACAAGAUGGAGAAGUUAGGUCUUGGUUUAGAUGACGAGAACAGCAAUCAGGCGGCUGCAACAACUCAGAGCCCUGGAGAUUCUCGUCGCCUCAGCAUCCAGCGGUGCAUCCAGUCUCUGGUCCAUGCUUGCCAGUGUCGAAAUGCAAACUGCUCUCUGCCAUCUUGCCAGAAGAUGAAACGUGUUGUUCAGCACACGAAAGGCUGCAAGAGGAAAACCAAUGGUGGCUGCCCAAUCUGCAAGCAGCUUAUUGCAUUGUGUUGCUAUCAUGCUAAGCACUGUCAGGAGAACAAGUGUCCUGUCCCGUUCUGCCUGAAUAUCAAGCACAAACUCCGGCAGCAGCAGCUGCAACACAGGCUCCAGCAGGCUCAGAUGUUAAGAAGGAGGAUGGCCAGCAUGCAGAGGGUGGGCCAGCCUGCUCCAGGUGGUACUCCUGGGGGAAAUGGUCUGCCCUCUCCCGGAGCCAACAAUGGUGCAACUGGUCCUGGUACUCCUACAUCUGUGGGCGCGCAACCUCCCACCCCACAGACACCCACACAGGUAAGCAUACCUGUCCACCCUCAGCAGCAGGGAGUGGGGAUGCCUGGCCUGGGAGCACCAGGACAGCAACAGCAGGUUCAGCAGCAGGCUGGUGCUAUGGGUCCUCAGCACCAUAUCCAUCAUCAGUUUCAGGCAAUGGGUGGAGCAGGUGGAGGUGGGAUGAUGAAUUCAGUUCAGCAACAGCCCCCUAAUGUCCCGCAACUACAGCAGCAGCCACACCCCGGAGGUCUGCCUCCCUACAAUCCCAGACCACCAGGAGCCUCUCCUCUACACCAGUCAUUGGGCAAACCUGGACUUGGUCCAUCCACCCCACCCCAGCAGCAACAACCCCCCAACCAGGGCCAGGGGUCUAUGCCUGGUCAAGGUCAGCAGCAAGGGCCGCCACUGGCCGCUGUGGAGACAGCGCUCAAGAUUCAGCGUCUUGCAGAGUCCCAGAGACAGAUGGCCCAGGCCCAGGCCCAGAUCAGGGGCCUAGGACAGGGAGGAAUGUUACCUCCACAUUCUCACCAUCAGAACACCCAGGCCCAGAUGGGCAUGUCCCACAUUGGGGCCCAAGGCAUGCCCUCACAGGCUCAGGGAGUUGUUGGCCGGACAUUGUUGGAUCCACAGCAACCAGGAAUGCUCACUGGGAUCCAACAGGGUGGCCCACAGACACAGCUGCCUCCUCAAGUUCAACAGCAGCUUCAGCAGGGAGCUGGAGGACAGCUUCAGCCACCAAACCAGCAGUGGGGUGCUGGAGGACAAGCCAUGAACCCCCAACAAAGGCCAGGUGGCAUGAUGGGUCACAUGGCACCACAGCAGCAGCCAGCAGUUGGCCAGCAACAGCAGAUGAAUCAGCAGCAGCAACAACCAGGAAACCGUGGGCUGAUGCAAGUAAUGAAUGUACCAGGAGCAGUGGGUGGGGCACCUGCUUCAGUAGCAGGGCCAGCUGGAGCAGGAAAUCUUCCCCAGGCAGCAUUACAGGAGCUUCUGCAAACACUACGUUCACCAAGCUCCCCCCUUCAGCAGCAACAGGUUCUUAACAUUCUCCGCUCUAACCCAACACUUAUGGCAGCUUUCAUCAGGCAGAGAGCAGCCCGAUAUCAAGGCAAUCAGGGUGGUCCUGGAAGAGCUGGAGGGCCUUCACAAGGAGGUGCUGGGGGUGUGAGGUUCCAGGGUGCUGCAGGAGGUUUGCCGGGUGUUGGGGGGCCAGGGGCUAACCAGCUAACCAAUAUGGAUGGACAGCAGCAGGCAGGCCAGCCAGGAAUGGGCAUGACUCAGGGUGGAGCAGGUGGAGGAAACAUGCCCACUAUGGCUCAGCUUCAGCAGCUACAGCAACAGCGUCCAAUGUUGCCUGGAAACCUACAGCAGCAACAGAUGGCAGCAUUGCAACAGCAGCAGCAACAACAACAAGGAGCAAUACAACAAGGGCAACAAAGCAACAUGUCGAAUUUAAAUCCACAAUUUAGAGAGCUGUUGAUGAGAAGGCACAUGCAACAGCAGCAGAUGGGUAACCAUGGGCAAUUCCAGCAGCAGCAACCGGGCCAGCAGGGGUUCAUGCAGUCUGCGCAAGGACAGUCAGGGAUGCCCCCCUCUUCCCAACCCCAGCCUGGAGGUGGAGGUGUAGUGGGUCCUCAGCAGCAAGGAGGGCCACCGGGUGGACCAGGACAAUUAGGCCAGCCUCAGGGCUACCAGGGCACCACCUCUCAAGUAACUGCAGCACUUCAGCAGAGGAUCCAGCAACAGAUGCAGAUGCAACAGCAGCAGCAGCAGCAAAAUCCAAUGGGCGGGAUACAAGGACAAGAUGGAGUGCCAGGUGGAGGUGCAGGAGGACCAGGAGGCCCUCCACUUCAGCCUGGACAGGGAGGGCCAGGGCAGGGUCAGCAGCAGCAAGGUGGUGUUGGAGGAGGAGGGGGUGGGCCCCCACUACCACAGACAACCCAAGGAAUGCUUCACCAGAACAUCCACCAGAGGCUCCUGCAGCAGCAGCACCUUGGUGGGGGUUCUCCAGCACAGCACAGCAGUCCCAUGAGCCCCCAACAACAGUCCCCCCACCUACAAGGACAAGGACUAGGUCCAGCAGGGUCUCUGAGCAACCAGGUGAGGUCGCCCCAGCCAUCGCCGAGGCCGCAGUCACAGCCUCCACACUCAAGCCCGUCCCCGCGCAUGCAGCCUUCCUCACAGCCUCAGCCCCAGCCUUCCCCUCACCGUAUCUCCCCACAGACCCAGACUGGCUCACCCCACCCAGGCCACCUAGGUCAGCAUCACCCCAGUAUGGCACCACCUCAACCCCCACAGCCCCAGCAGCAACCGUUAUCGCAGCAACAGCAGCCGGGUAGUUCUAUAGAUCCUGGCCAGUUCACCUCAGACCAGAACUCAAUCAUGUCCCAGCUGAGUGGCAUGACAGGGAUGCACGGUGGGCAGGUGGGGCAGUCAGACAUGUUGAGUGGGAAUAAUAAUAAUAACAGCACCAACCAGGAGCUGGGAACAAACAUGAACCACAACAGUCUAGACCUUAUGUAGCCUUGACUUUGUAGUAUUUCCGUCACGAUGCUCUGAUCAGUCACCCCAAACAACAAACGGCCGUGAAAGAAGAGCAAAGCUGAACUUUCUUUUGGGGUUUUAGAAGUUUUUAUUUUUUAUUUAAAUAUUUUUGUCAUGUACAAAUAAGAACUAAUGCUUCCUUCCUAUGGGAGAUGCAACAUAAAUCUUAGAAGUCAAUAAAUGAAUAAAUUAAAAAUAAUGGUAAGUUAUUGCUGGUAAAAUAUAUAUUUGCCAAUUGUGUACAAAAUGGUGGAAGGGCAGUGUUUCAGGUUGAAUAUAUUUCUUCCUUAGUCUAUGACACAAUAUUUUUUGGGACUGAGAAUUUUGCCUUUUUAUGAAUAUUUUUAAGAUUUUAAUGUGGCUAAAAAAUUAAAGUGAGUUGACACAGUGUACCUUUUUUUUUAAUACUAUCAUUGUUUUCCUUCUUAAAUACCCUGUCAUGAUUGUAUCUAUUUUGCAGAGAAUAACUUUAUUUCUGAAUUUAUUUUUGUUUCGAAAUGGAUCAUAAAACAAGCAUCAACAUAUCCUUUGUCAUUACUCUGGACAUUUUUCGCAAUGAUGUACAUUUUACUGUGACUUAAUUUCACACGUGUAGACUUAAUACUUUUUUUCCUUUCAUAUGAGGCUUUUAGGUUUAAAUUAAACUUGAAGUUUUUUUCUUUUGGUGGGUGGGUGACAACACAACGGCAGCAGUAGGUCUGGUUUAAUUGUGCAAAAAGAUAAUAUCUGGACCUGGAACAGAUUGAGAAACGUGCACCCAUGGACCCACCCACAUCUUCAGUUCUCCUUUGAAUGUGCACCCCUUCCCUCCUUGAACCCCUGAAAUUUGAGGGAUGAACUGUUGAUGCCUGAUAUUUGUCCAGCUGUUGGAGGCAAAGCCGUGCCCCAGUUUUGCAGCUGGCCAACAUUAAAGGUUGUGCCUGUACAUAUAUUGCAACCUUGUUUAUGAACUGUGACAGGGAAAAGGGGUCGUUAAUGUGUUUUUUUGUUUUGGUUUUUUUGUGCGCUUCAGAGGUUUAAGAAAAUCCUGCCUGCAUCCUUAACCCUAACGGUUUCCCUUUCUCCCCUCCUCUUUUCCCCUUUGUCCUUCAUUCUCAUGACUGCCUCCCAGCCACAAGCGUUAAUUCAAUGUUAGUACUGUACAAAGACAAAAGGUGGAUACCGUUUUUUUGUAGUGAAAGCGCAAGAUGUAAAAACAAAAAAACAAACCUGUAUAUACUUUAAAACCCUUAUGAGCAGAGAGGAAUUAUUUUCUGUUGCUUGUUUUCCCUCUUGUUUGAUUGGAUAUUUGCUGUAUCUGUUAAAAAAAAAAAAAAA